GGCAAACAGCUAUUCGUAUGUGCACCAUAACAGAGCAAAAAGAGAGCGGGACUGGAGGGAAAGACAUAUGAAAAGAGAUUUAUAGAAGGAAAAGAAGAAGAAAAAACACAAAGGGGAACCAGUGAAAAUAAACUCUUCAAGCAUUUUCAAUUAUCAGUUUAGGAAACUUUUAUUCGUUGUGAAAAAAGGGGCAUUCCCGAAAAUGAUUGCCGCGUUCAUGUGCUAGUCGGAACUUGUUAACUGGUUGUAUUUCUACAUGUGCCACGUUCAACCAGGUUGCAAGUCGAAAAUGUCAGAGUUUCCCAGUUCCGACUAACGCGUGAACGCAGCAUAAGCAGCAAGAAUAGCUGCAUCACAUUACUCCGUUGCAUGGCUGUCCAAAAUUACAUGAAAAUCAAAACAGCCAACUAAAAGACCGCUGCUUUCUCGCGCUCGUAUAGAUGGAGAGACAGAGCGCUCGUGAGCGAUGGAUGCGUGGAUAGAGAUGAACAUUGGGUAGCGUCGGUAAAGAUCCAAGGAGACUGGAAAGUGGACAGUAAAUAAUUGCAAACCGGGAGCUGUCAAAAUAAUGGAUUUUAGCGUGCUACGGAAUCUCAUCAGCAGAUACUGUGCGGGGGAGGAGUAUUGGGUGGACAGUCGUACGGUUUACAUCGGUCACAAAGAACCCCCACCGGCGGCCGAGGCCUACAUCCCUCAACGUUACCCUGACAACCGCAUCGUCUCCUCCAAGUACACCUUAUGGAACUUCAUCCCCAAGAACCUGUUUGAACAGUUCAGAAGAAUCGCCAACUUCUACUUUCUGCUAAUCUUCCUGGUCCAGCUCAUCAUAGACACACCCACCAGCCCUGUCACCAGCGGACUACCUCUCUUCUUUGUCAUCACUGUCACUGCCAUUAAACAGGGUUAUGAAGACUGGCUGAGACACAAGGCAGACUGCAGUAUAAAUGAGUGUCCUGUGGACAUGGUGCAGCAGGGGACGGUGGUGAGGACACAGAGCUCCAAGCUACGGGUGGGGGACGUUGUCAUGGUGAGGGAGGACGAGACGUUCCCCUGUGACCUCAUCCUCCUUUCAUCCAGCCGCGGUGACGGAACCUGCUACGUCACCACUACCAGCCUGGAUGGAGAGUCUAGCCACAAGACCUACUAUGCUGUACCAGACACCAUGGCCUUUAAGACAGAGCAGGAGUUGGACUCUCUACAUGCGACUAUUGAAUGUGAACAACCACAACCUGACCUCUACAAAUUUGUGGGGCGCAUCAAUAUUUAUAAGGAAAGAGAGGAUCCCAUAGCCAGACCGCUGGGAGCUGAGAACCUCCUCCUCAGAGGAGCUACCCUGAAGAACACAGGACAUAUUUAUGCUGUAGCCAUUUACACAGGCAUGGACACCAAGAUGGCGCUUAACUACCAGUCCAAAUCCCAGAAACGCUCAGCUGUGGAAAAGUCUAUGAAUGCGUUCCUAAUCGUGUAUCUGUGCAUCCUGAUCAGUAAAGCGGUCAUUAACACGGUUCUGAAGUAUGCGUGGCAGUGGUCUGCUGACCACGAUGAACCCUGGUACAACCACAGGACCGAGAUCGACAGAGAACGCCAUGUGGUGAUCAGGGCAUUCACAGACUUCCUGGCCUUCAUGGUGUUGUUUAACUACAUCAUCCCAGUCUCCAUGUACGUUACAGUGGAGAUGCAGAAGUUCCUGGGUUCUUACUUCAUAGUCUGGGACAAGGAUAUGUAUGAUGAGGAGCUGGGGGUGGGGGCUCAGGUCAACACAUCUGACCUCAACGAAGAGCUCGGACAGGUAGAGUAUGUGUUUACUGAUAAAACAGGGACGUUGACAGAGAACAACAUGGAGUUUAUAGAGUGCUGUGUGGACGGACACGUGUAUAUCCCCCACGCCAUCUGUAACGGACAGAUCCUCAGUGCUGCUUCCAGCAUAGACAUGAUCGACUCUUCGCCUGGAGGAUACCGCAGGGAGCACGAGGACCUAUUCUUCCGGGCUCUGUGUCUGUGCCACACGGUGCAGGUGAAGGAGGAGGAGACAGUGGAUAGCAUCAAGAGAGGGAUCCACCUGGGAAAGCCCACCUCCUUCUACAUAUCAUCCUCUCCUGAUGAGGUGGCUCUGGUGGAGGGCAUGAAGAGGUUGGGGUACACCUAUCUGAGGCUCAAAGACAGUCAUAUGGAAAUACUCAAUAAGGACGAUGAGAUUGAAAGGUUUGAGCUGCUGCACGUGCUCAACUUUGACUCUGUCAGGAGGAGAAUGAGCGUCAUUGUCAAGUCUAGCUCAGGGGAGUACCUGUUGUUCUGUAAAGGGGCAGACACCUCCAUCUUUCCCAGGGUGGUGUCAGGGAAGGUGGAGCAGGUGAGGGCACGGGUGGAGCAGAAUGCUGUGGAGGGCUUACGGACCCUGUGUGUGGCCUACAGAAGUCUGUCCCCAGCGGAGUACGAGGAGGCAUGUCAUCAGCUGAGCGACGCCAAGCUGGCCCUGAAGGACAGGGAGCAAUGGCUGGCGCAAGCCUAUGACCUCAUUGAGAGGGACUUCACCCUGCUGGGGGCUACGGCCGUGGAGGACAGGCUCCAGGAGAAGGCAGCAGACACCAUCGAGUCUCUCCAAAAGGCUGGGAUGAAGGUAUGGGUGCUGACGGGGGACAAGAUGGAGACCGCGGCAGCUACGUGCUACGCUAGCAAGCUGUUCCGCCGCUCCACACAGAUACUGGAGCUGACCAAGAAACGCACCGAGGAACAGAGUCUACAUGACGUUCUGUUUGACCUGAGCAGGACUGUACUCAGACAACGCUCCCUGUCAGGGCUGUCUGUGGAAUGUCAGGACUAUGGUCUGAUCAUCGAUGGGGCCACCCUGUCUGCUGUGCUGAAGCCCAGUCCAGAGAGCUCUGGCUCGGGGAACUACAGAGAGAUCUUCCUGGAGAUCUCUAGGAACUGCAGUGCCGUGCUCUGCUGCCGCAUGGCACCCCUACAGAAAGCACAGAUUGUGAAGCUGAUCAAGGCAUCUAAGGAGCACCCCAUCACUCUGGCUAUCGGUGACGGAGCCAACGAUGUCAGCAUGAUUCUCGAGGCACACGUGGGCAUCGGCAUCAUGGGUAAGGAGGGGCGCCAGGCGGCGAGGAACAGUGACUACGCCAUCCCAAAGUUCAAACACCUGAAGAAGAUGCUGUUGGUGCACGGACACUUCUACUACAUCCGCAUCGCUGAGCUGGUGCAGUACUUCUUCUACAAGAAUGUGUGCUUCAUCUUCCCUCAGUUCCUCUAUCAGUUCUUCUGUGGAUUCUCUCAGCAGCCACUGUACGACACAGCCUACCUGACGCUGUACAACAUCAGCUUCACCUCGCUGCCCAUCCUCCUCUACAGCCUCAUAGAGAAACACAUCAGCAUAGAGAUGCUCAAGAGAGAUCCCACUCUGUACAGGGACGUAGCUAAGAACGCUCUUCUGCGCUGGCCCGUGUUCCUCUACUGGACGUGCCUGGGCUUGUUCAACGCCUGUAUCUUCUUCUUUGGUGCCUACUUCCUGUUCGACAACACCACCUUCACCAGUAACGGACAGCUUAUGACCACCAACACACAGAUGAUGUUUGGAAACUGGACCUUCGGGACUCUCGUCUUCACUGUGCUGGUGUUCACUGUCACACUCAAGCUUGCCUUGGACACACACCACUGGACCUGGAUCAACCACUUUGUCAUCUGGGGCUCCCUGCUUUUCUAUGUCAUCUUCUCACUGCUCUGGGGAGGCAUCAUCUGGCCCUUCCUGAACUACCAGAGAAUGUACUAUGUGUUCAUGCAGAUGUUGUCCAGCGGACCGGCCUGGCUCGGCAUCAUCCUUCUCAUCACGAUCAGCCUGCUGCCUGAUGUGGUCAAGAAGGUCCUCUGCAGGACCCUGUGGCCCACCGCCACCGAACGCGCACAGGACAUUGACAAGCUGUUGCAGAGCAGUGUAGCAGAGUUGACCCCCGUGUCCUCUCGCCCUUCUGGCCCCUCCUCCAAACGGAAGAGCACCUCCCAUCUUCACCUUGGGGUUCCCGGGCCCUGAACACUCCACAGGUCUGAGUUCUUCCCCCACAAACUGGUAUUGUUCCACUGGGCUGAUGGGGGUGGGGCAGACCUCCGCACCCUCAGCCUCUACGUGCUCCGUAAACUCGGGCUGGCUUUGCCUACUACCCACCAGGGCCAGAGACCUCUGUGUGACACAGACAGACAGACAGACACACACACAAACGCAGGCUGAUGUGUGAGCAUACACAACGAUGUGCACACACACAGAGACCAAAAUGUGACCUAAACCUACAAAUAAUAUGGAUUUGUGUUCCACUCAUAAACAAUGCAUACACAAACGCUCACUAAUUCUCACAUACUCCUCGAACAUGAAACAUUUACCAUGUGCAUUGUCAGCCAUUCGGAAGCGGAUACGAUUUGAGGCUUCCACAUGCUUCAGUUCGGCUGGCGCCUUGCCGAGAAUGUAACGAGUGUGCUUGCAUACUCCCUUAAGACUUUCACUUGAAAAAUCAACACAAAAUGUAUGUCCAUUUUGAGAUGCCGUAGCCAGCAUACAAUUCCUCAAAAUAGUCAGAAUUAAUCUAAGAAAUCGUGAAAUUUUGACGCUUUUGCCGAUGAGAUCUUAGUUGCGCAAUUUACAUCUAACUAAGAUGUUUGGUGCAGUAUUUAUCAAUGAAAAAAUGUGCAUGAAAAUUAGUUGUCACGUUGAAUGACAACAAAGACUUUAUUGAAGAAUCCCUACUGGUGACCAAUCACCGACUUCGGCUACCGACUUCGGCUUGUGUCCCUGAACAGCUGCAAAAACUCUUCCCGAAGUCCAAAAGGAUAAAAAUGUCAGAAUUUCAUCAUAAUAUAUGCACAAACUCUUACGAACUGUUUCGGCUGGGAAGCCUUUGACCUCCAAGUUGCCUCCAAUUGGUCCUGUCAUAGUUCUAUUUCAGUCUGGUCCUGAUCCCAGUCCACACCACUACUCUACUACUCUGCUAUUCUAUUCUACUACUUUACUACUCUAUUCUACUCUACUACACUACUCUAUUACUCUACUCUUCUGCUACU